AUGGGGCCGCGGGCGGGGCGGGCCUGGGAGCUCGUGGCGCUCCUCCCAACCGGCGGCCGAACUGCAAGGCCUGUCUUGCAGCAGACGCAGCAGCAGCAGUCGCUGGCACAGCACUCUGUCCACUUGUCGGGCGCACCGGCGCCGCCGCAGCCCCAACACGCGCAGCAGCCGCAAGCGGGCGGCCAACCCCAGCAGCAGGUGGUUGUGAAGCGCGAGCCCGAGGACCUGAGCCACCACCGCCACAAGGCGGGCACGGCGUCGCCGCCCAUCAUCCUCAACAAGGCUCAGCAGCAGCAGCAGCAGGCGCACGCGCUGUCGCGCCACCACAAGCUCGUGUUGGUGGCCAAUGGGGCGGCCGGGCACCACCAGCAGGACCUGGUGGACGUGAAAGAGGAGACGCACCGCGGCCUGGGGAGCCCGCAGCACGGCUCCCGCUCCAUCAACGGCACGCCGUCGUCCACGUCGUCCUUGCUGGCGACGGACGGCGGAAGCAGUCUCCGGGCAUCGGACCGGCGAUCCCAUGGGCCGGCGGCGCGGCGCGGCGGCGGACCAACACCACAGCGCCACCCCUCGCCCCAUUCCCGUACUCGGAGCACGCGUGCGCGUCGUGCAGCUACUCGUCGGCCGGGCCUGACGUCGAGCGCGAGGCGCCGUGCGCGGUUACGUAGAGCGGCGGCGACGGACGGAGCGCCACGACUGCGCGCCACGUCGUCGGUGGCGGCGGCCGCGGCGCCCGCCGCCUUCGCCGUGUCGCCCGACGCCUACUACGGCGAGUACUUCACGACGGAGCGCGGGUACGCGCCCGUGCGCCAGCAGCAGCAGCAGAUCCCGGCGUACGCGGAGAGCCCCGAGGGCCCGGGGGCCGGCGCCGGCGCGGCCGCCGCCUCGGGCAACGCCGCCUUCGUGGAGCGCUACGUGCGCCAAAACAGCGCCUUCAGCAAGAGCGCCGGGCUGGCGGGCGCCGCGGGCGGCGGCCUCUCCGUGGACCUGCCGUCGCCCGACAGCGGCAUCGGCACCGAGUCCAUCACCCCUCGCGACCAGGCCGCGCUGCAACAGCAGUUCGACUACGCGGAGCUGUGCCAGUCGGGGGCGCUGAUGGCGGACCCCAUGGCGGCGCGCGGCGCGGCCCCGCCCCCCGGCUCCACCACCCCCACCACCCCCGGCGGCGGGCGCUCGCGGCCCUGGCACGACUUCGGACGCCAGAACGACGACAAGAUCCAGAUCCCCAAACUGUACCUGCAGUACGGGUUUAAGUACCACCUUGAGUCUCCCAUCUCGACGAGCCAGCGCAGAGAAGACGACCGCAUCACCUACAUCAACAAGGGCCAGUUCUACGGCAUCUCGCUGGAGUACAUCCCCGACCCGGACAAGCCUCUCAAGAGCAACACCGUCAAGAGCGUGGUGAUGCUGAUGUUCCGGGAGGAGAAGAGCCCCGAGGACGAGAUCAAGGCCUGGCAGUUCUGGCACGGCCGACAGCACAGCGUCAAGCAGCGCAUCCUCGACGCGGAUACGAAGAACAGCGUCGGGUUGGUGGGAUGCAUCGAGGAGAUUUCCCACAACGCCAUCGCAGUAUACUGGAACCCUCUGGAAAGCUCCGCAAAGGGUCUGCCACUCCACCUGCAAAUCGACACCUACGAAGACCCGCGAGACACGACUGUGGCGCACCGCGGCUACUGCCAGAUAAAGGUGUUCUGCGACAAGGGAGCCGAAAGGAAGACACGUGACGAGGAGAGGCGCGCGGCCAAGAGGAAGAUGACGGCGACAGGGCGCAAGAAGCUAGACGAAUUGUAUCACCCAGCAGCAGAACGCUCAGAGUUUUACAGCAUGAGCGAUCUCACAAAGCCUCCUGUACUCUUCUCGCCAGCCGAAGACAUCGACAAGCUGGCGUCCAUGGAGCUGGGAUUCUACGGCCACGACCCGGACGGCUCUAGUCUGUCCAACGGAGAGGCGGGCGGGACGAACCCCGGCCAGCUCGCGAAGCACGCCUCGCCUUUCCUCCUGCACUCCAGCAAACCCAGCGCCACGCCGACUCUCAAGUUCCACAAUCACUUUCCCCCGGACGUACCUGGCGAGAAGAAAGAUACUGGGUUAGCGGAUGCCGCUGCUGGUCUUGGUGCUACUGAUGGCAGUGUGUUUGCCUGUCCACCGCAGAAGCGACACAAACUGUUGUCGGGAAAUGUGGGCCCGCCUCCGCUCAGCGAGAGAGUAAUGCUCUAUGUGAGGCAAGAAACAGAAGAAGUCUACACCCCCCUACAUGUUGUGCCACCUUCCACACAGGGACUGCUCAAUGCUAUUGAGAAUAAGUACAAAAUUUCUACUUCAAGCAUUAGUAACUUGUAUCGAAAAAACAAAAAAGGGAUUACGGCCAAAAUUGACAAUGACAUGCUCAAGUACUAUUGCAAUGAGGACUUGUUCCUUUUGGAAAUAAAGCAAGGAGAUUCGGAUGACAGCUAUGACAUCACUCUAGUUGAACUAAUGGAUCACUAGCAUAUCACGGUUUAACCACACCAGACUUUCCGGCUGAAAAGAGUUGAAACAAGUCUUUCAUUGAAGCCAUGAGGCCAAAGUGUUGCAACAAUGCGUUUUCAUUGUUUAGUUAACAAAACUGUUAUAAUUGUUACUUUAUAUUAAAUAUGAUUUAAAAUAUAUGUUUUUAUUAAAUUUAUAAAUUCUCAUAAGCAACUGAAUGAAUGUAUAAAUGCAUUUGUUUUUAUUGAGUUUGAAAGUGAUGGAUAUUGUUUAUGUUUAUAUUUAUAACCUGGAAACAUCAAACUAUGCCAGUGUGUGUUACAAGUUAACAAGAAAGAAGAAAAGAAAGUUGAAAAAUUAAAACAAGAGGAGAUGGUGUUAAAACGAGUGUGUGUGUUAAAACAGAUUAUGCUUUGACUAAUCAGUUUAUUUUGAGUGCAAGAAACAUAGCAAUGCACAACAAAAUCAAAGUCCAUGGUGAUUGAACUAUUGUGUCAUCCUGGCACUUUUUGUGAUAGUCACGCCGAGAGAACUUUGAAAUGUUAGUCAUUUGUUUUUGUUCUACUGUCUUCAAGCCAUCCUCAUUUUACUGUGUUUAUGAGUAAUUUGGAGAUCACAUUAUUUAUUUAAGAAUGGCAGAAAUAUUGCAAAGGUACUUAGGAUGGUCUUGAAUGUCUGGAUUUAUUAAGAUCUUUCCAGUGAUUAAUGACCUUGUAUAUAUUACCUGAAUUACCACUGUAUCAGAAUGGAAGUUAAUGUUUUCAUGAAGAAGGUUCUCUGGUUACUCAGAGUUGAACAUACAUUAACAAGCCUCAUCACUCUGUACUCUAGAUAAACUGCAUUCACUUAUUAUUACAAAUAUAAUGUCAUAAUCAUCUGAAGAUCAUUGCCAAAAUAUAAUUGUCAAAUACAAGUUCAUUAAUUUCCACAAGGAUCUAGUAGUUUGUGUCACAGACAAAUUAAAGUGUUUCAAGACUUGUUGAUCUCAAAUGUCCAAGGGACAUUUCAAUAAAAAAAGUUUUAUAUUUCUUUUUGUGUAAUUUUCCUGUAGUUAUAAUUUUUAUAUUGAUUAUGACAUUUAAUAGGAAAUGUUACAUUUGGUUUUAAUGUUUUAAAAAUGAUAAAAGCUCUAAAUAUAUACCUUUUAUCAUUACACAAAAUCAAUUAUCUUGGAGGUGAAAUAAUUCAUGGCAAUGCAGAAAAAUAUUUUCUUGAAAAUUUCAAACUAUACCUCCAAACAUUCACAACAUAGGUAGUGGAUUUAUACUGUCUUCUCUUUAGUUCAUAGGUCUGGUAUAUUCUGCGUAUUUUCAUUUUUGAUACCGUGUAUUUAAUGUCAAGAAUAAAUUUAAAAAUUAACUAAUUUCUGUGCUUAUUGUAAAAAUGAUUUUAAACAAACCUUAAAGCAGAUCUCAAAGUGCAAAUUUUUCUUUACAUUUUUUAAUAUAGCAUUGGUUGCCUGAACAUACUUCAAUACGCAAAACAUAAGUAUGAAAUAAAUUGUAAACACUAACAAAUGAUUGUAUUUCAUCACAAACGGUAGCUGAAACAGUAUUUUUUGUCUGUGUUCAAAUUCAUUUUUUGUAACAAGCUACCAUGAUGAACAUGUGUCAAAUUCACAAAUUUUGUUGUAACUUCAACUUUGUAGUCCACUAAAAUGCAUUACCUUUACUAACAUAUCUCACAUGUGUAAAAUUUGUGUAGUAGUUGUACACAACGCAAAACAAAAUAUGUCCAUCAAUUGUGUAUAAGGACAGCAUGUACAAAUAUAUUCAAAUAUUAUUUUUAGUGAACAAAAAUGUUUUAAAAAUAAGUAGGUGAAAGUGAAGCCUUUUUUCUGGUCACUUCUUUUCUUCAAGUCAUUGAUAAUAAAUGUAUGAUUUUUAUUGCCUCAUUCACUUAUUUGUUUGAAAAAUCCCUCUUUUGUUGCAAAUUUUGAAUUGGUUACACUUUUAUAAAUACAAAAUCAAAGUAAAGAGUUGUUAUUUUCAGAAUUUUAUUAAAAUUGUUGAUAAUUUCAAAAAUUUUAGAGACAGAAAAAAAUGUUUUAGUUUUCAUGAAUUAGCUAAUUCCUUUUCAUUCUUAAAUUAAUACCUUUCUCAACCUCAAAAAUGCAUAUACAAUUAUCCAGGAAUUGUCAGAAACACAAUUUGUGAAUGAAAGAAAAUGUGCUGACAAUUUUAAACAAAUAGACAAUUCUAUAUCUGUUACAAUUAAAUUUUUGUGUUUCUAAUAAUAACUGACUAUUUGGAAUAUCAGUACACUAACAUACUUGUCAUUGAAAUUUUGUGAAGUUAACUGCAUCUGUGUGUAAGUACAAUUCAGACAAUGGUACUUAAUGUAAAACUGCCAGUAUGUAUUAUCAUGCCUCAUUUUUUAUUUAUAAGAAUAGAUCUUAAAAGGUAGUUUGUGGGAAGAGAUAAUACUAGUGCUACAAGUCCAUAGCAGAUUACAUGACAGUUAGAUAAUCAUAGCAUGAAACCCUUUUCCUUUGUAUAUACUCUUUUUUUGCAUUAGUCUUGAUAUGAGUUGCUAAAGAAAGUGCCAUCAUGGUUGAACAUGAGUCAAAGAUCGUGUUGGAUGCACAAAAGUGCAGGAAAGCGGUCAUGGCUGCAUAGCAGCAUUUGGCCAUGGUGUGUGUAUAUCACAUUAGAUUGUUGCAAAAAUGUACAAAUUUUCGUGAGUCUGAGAUCAGAGUGCAUUCUGUCUGCCAAAAGAUCGAAAUUGUUUGAGAACAUUAAUAGAAGAUUUAUAUUAUUAAGAAAGUAUGUGCUAAGAUUGUAUAAAUAUUUUAUGCAUAAUCUGCUUCAAAUUUUAUGAGACUUGUGCUUUUUGGUACACACGUAUUGUGUUAAGCUUAUCGAGACCUGUGCUUUUUAUAUACAGUAUAUAUGAAUAUAUAAUAUAUAAUGAUUGAUAGGUUAAGGUUAUAUGAACUGAUGCCCAGCAAGAAAGGAGCCAUUUCAUAAAAUCUCAUUGUAUAUUAUUGAAUGUAAUUACUUGUUAUGGUAUUGUGGAAACUCCGGUUGCUUUUUUAUUACUCUGAGGUUUUGUACCAUAUUUGGGUGCAAAAUAAACAUAUAGAAGACUCUUGUACUUGAAGAGUAUAUUUUUACUAGUUUUAAAAGA